AUGUCCGCCGCUUCAUCUUCCACGACCGAUGGUCGGAGACGGAUACGAACUCCGGGGAUACCUAGUAGGUGUUGGUGCGGGGUGGACGUCACCGAGAUCAUCUCCAGAACCAAUCCAAACCCAUAUCGCCGGUAUUAUCGGUGUCUCUUUGCGGCUUCACAAAGGCUCGAGAACGACAAUCAUGUCUUAAAAUGGGUUGACGAAGCCUUCACCGAUGAGAUACAGCAGCUGGACUACCAAGUUCGAAUGCUCGAAGAAGAAGUUCAGAGUCUCAAAGCAACAAUAAGGAAUGAAGGAGAUAUCCGCGAAGGUCCAAAAAAGAUGCCCAUGAUAAAGAUAUCAGGAGGUUGUGUUCUUCUUACCAUCGUUUUAGUUGUAGGAAUUAUGAUGUACAAAAAGUAA